AUGACAGGAGGGAAAGUUGGCGAGAACAGAGUAGUUCUAUCUAUCUAUCUAUCUAUCUAUCUAUCUAUCUAUCUAUCUAUCUAUCUAUCUCACUCUAUAAUUAAUAUUUAUUUUUCUUUCUCACUUUCUUUUUUACUAUCUCUCUCUUUCUGUCUGUCUCUCUAUCUCUUUAAUAUCUAUUUUUCUUUUCCUCUUACUUAUUUACUUUCUUUCUUUCUUUCUUUCUAUCUUGUACAUACUUAUCUAGAUAAUAUCUAUUUUUCCUUCUCAUUUUCUUUUUUACUAUCUAUCUAUCUAUCUAUCUAUCUAUCUAUGCCAGUUUAUUCAUAUCUAUCUAUCUAUCUAUCUAUCUAUCUAUCUAUCUAUCUAUCUAUCUAUCUAUCUAUGUCUUUUCAUGUCUUUAUGUCUCUUUAUAUCUAUCGAUCUAUAUGUCUGUUUAUGUCAUUUCAUGUCACUUCGUAUCUAUCUAUCUAUCUAUCUAUCUAUCUAUCUAUCUAUCUAUCUAUCUAUCUAUCUAUCUAUCUAUCUCCGUUGAUUAUCUAUCUAUCUAUCUAUCUAUCUAUCUAUCUAUCUAUCUGUCUGUCUCUUUGUGUCUGUCUGUCUGCCUAUGUCCAUCUAUCUCUCAGCGAGAAAUGGCAAAUGUCUACAUCACAGGAAGACAUUCCCUUCAUUCCUCUUUCCUUUCUGUCUUUGAUAUGCUUUAGAAUAUCGUUCUUUGUUCUUGAAGCCUUUCAUCUUGAUUCCUAUAUGCUUUCGUUCUUACAAUCACCUUUCGCUUUAAUAUCGUAUCUAUCAAUCAAAAUCUUGUUCAGUCUUUUUUGUCUCUAUCACUCUAUAUCACCAUCACUCGUCCACAUUUUUCUCUCUCUCUCUCUCUUUCCGCCUUUUUCUCUCUCUCUCGAUCUCAUUUUCUUAUCUAUCUAUCUAUCUAUCCAUCUCAUUUUGUCCUCAUUGUAUCUACCGCAGUUUGUUAUCUAUCUAUCUAUCUAUCUAUCUAUCUAUCUAUCUAUCUAUCUAUCUAUCUAUCUAUCUAUCUUAUUUUGUUCUCGAUGUAUCUAUCUAUCUAUCUAUCUAUCUAUCUAUCUAUCUAUCUUUCUUUCCUUUUUAGUCAAUUCAUAUUUAUUUGACUCUCUUCAUAUCUAUCUAUCUAUCUAUCUAUCACGGUUUGUUACGUAUGUAUGUAUCUAUCUAUUAAUCUGUCACUCGGGUUACAAUUAUCUUAUACUGUUCCUCUUUAUUUAUUCCAAUUUCUUGAUUCUUUUCAUUCAUAUUCGUAUUAUUUCGCCAAUCCAGGCUAAACUAAGCGAAAUAACGUUUUCUUCCCAUGAAUCUGACAUAUUUGUCUAUCGGCGUUUCUUCACUCGGUGUGUGAACCCCAUUGGAUGUCGAUUAAGUUUUCAAAUUAGUACUGCGCAUUCAAAUGAUAACAAUUUGUUUUUUUUUACUUCAUUUUUCGCUGCUAUUUUAUGCUUUUUCUCUUUCUUAUUCACAUUUUUCUUUCUUUCUACUUUCUUCCUUUCUUUUCAUUCUUUCUUUCUUUCUUUUCGUUUUGAACCAUUUUUUCUUUCUUUUCCCUCUAAUUUUCUUUCCACGAUUUUUCUUUCUUUCUUUCUUUCUUUCUUUCUUUCUUUCUUUCUUUUUCUUGUUUGUUUGUUCCUUUCAGUUCUUUCUUUCUUUCUUUCUUUCUUUCUUUUCUUUCUAUGCUUGUAUUCGACUUUUGGACAGAAACAGAUAAAAUUAUUUGUUUCAUUUUCUUACUUUCUUUUUCUUUCAUUUUUCUUUCCUUCUUUCUUUCUUUCUUUCUUUUCACAGAAUCUUUCUUUCUGUCUACUUUUUCCACAUUUUUCUUUUUCUCUCUUUCUCUUUCUUUCUUUCUUUCUUUUUAACUGCCCCUCAUUUUCUUUCUUUCUUCUUUCUUUCUCAUGCGUCUCUUUUGCUGAAUCAUAUCGCCAUAUAUCGCACAUUAGGAUGUAA